AUGCCGCCGACCUUCCACGGCUAUCUGCAGCACGGCCUCGCCGAAGAGCAACUCAAGCUUGCCGGGUGGAAGCCCAAGGAGGAAGAGCCAAGUUUUCGGUCCCGGGCAUCAUGGCAUUCCUCACAAACAGGUUCGCAAACAGGCUCGCCGGAACCCCCUGCCAGCCAAUCCGUUGGAAUCCAAGACACCCAGGCUGCUACCCCAAGCCCCAAGAUAACCCCGAGCACGAAGCAUGCACCACUUGAAGGCUCAGAACUCCAAGACACCCAGGCUGUUACCCCAAGCCCCAAGAUGGCCCCUUCCAAGGCCCCGCAGAUGCCCAGCAAAGCAGAGCAGCCGCAGCAGCAUCAGCAACCCGACAAAACCAAGGACCAGCAAGAGCCCCCAGCCCGUGCCCCGCAAAUGCCGAGCAAAGCAAAGCACCCGGAGCAGCCGCAGCAGCAACCCAAGGAAACCAAGGACCCCGCAAACAAGCGAGGCCCAUCCGACAAGAAAGCCAGGCCAAACCCAGAUGAAGAAGAAUAUGAGGAGCCAGCAAAGGCCACCCCGCCACCCAUGCAAGUCACCAAGGCGACUCUGAUGAAAAGGUUGGCUCGCAUAUGCACCCCGAAAGCUGACGGAACCUACAAAGUGCCGAUGGAGAUCAUCAACACCCACAAGAAUCUUGAGACACGGGAUGAAGUGUAUCGGGCAUUCGAGAAAUGUGGAUGUGUCCUGUUCACGAAGCGAGUGAAUCGGAAGUACGAAGAGAUCAAUGAGAAGUCGGUGGAAACCGAAUACGAGUUCUUGACUGAACAGGAGAUGGAGGAUAAAGGCUGGUCUGAGAAAAAGAUCAAAGGGGCCAAGAAAAGCUGUGAGCGACGUCCUGGCUACAAGAGGAAGUCCGAGUACUGUGACGAAUGGAUGUACUGGGUGGCCGUGAAGGUAAAGGGGUCGAACAAGAAGACCAAACGCAACACCGUCGCCGAGAUCCUGGAAGGCGGCGACAACGAGCCGAUGGAGGACCCAGACGAAGCCAUGCAGGAUUUCCCCUUUGCCUUGGAGGGAGAUGGGGAGGCCGCCAAGGAGGAAGGUGAUGGGGAGAAAAGCUCCGAUGACAGCAGCGACGACGGAGAAGAGGCCGCCCGGGUGCUCAAAAAAAUCAGCUUCCCGGAGCUGACGAAGAAACCUCAGGACUGUUGCUCCCUAGUGUCUGCCUGCCUUCAAAAACGGGUUAUGCGAAUCGAGCCGAUCGUGCUAAAGUUGGGGGAGAUCAAAGAUGCCAACAAGGCCCACCAAAAGUAUAAAGCCAGCCUCGAGAGCAUGAUCACCAGGGUGAACGAGUUGGACGAUAAGAUGAUGGCCCUCUACAGCCAGGGUGUGGCUGCUGGGUUCACAAAAGUGGACCAGAAGAGCCUCCGCACGUUUUUCCAGGAAGCGAAGAGGGUGCAACUCGGUUCUUCAGAGGAUGAGCCGGGCCACGACGGCCGGGUGCAGCUGUAUGCAGAGAUGCUGGGAGAUGGUGCAGCUUCCUCGGCCACAGCGAUAGACACGAAAAGGUGUCUCAAGGAGAUGGCGAACCCUGGUCUGCCGGAGAGCGAAAAACGAGAAGUGAGCAAUGCUGAACGGGAUUGCCAUGCUAAGUUCAACAGAAUGGGUCUAUCUUUGCCAGUACCGAUACAGACCCACGACCACUGUGUAGAGAAUGAAGAAAUCAUUUCUACAUCAUAUGUGCUGGUGUCUAGCUGGCUACGAUACCUCGUUCGGCAAAUGCCUUGCUUGCUGGCUGGUGGGCGGAACACACUAGAGGUUCAACUCGAAGCUUUCUGGAAGAUGUAUCAGAACCACCACCCCGAGCACGCCAUCUUCAGUGCAGAGCAUAUCACUCCUGCUACUGCUAUUCCCCUGUGCCUGUUUUCAGAUGAAGGGAAAGGCCCCAAGAGGGGCAAUUAUUUGAUGACAUGUAUGGAAUCACCAAUUGGUUUGUCAGAGAUGCCAGAAGACUUCGCUUGUUCUUGCUCUUCACACGUGUCGCACACGCCGUCUCAGUUCGUGCCUGGCUGUGAUACCGUGACCGAAAUGUGCGAUGCCGCCAAAGAGGCUGCAAAGCAAACUACGAAUCUUCAAGGGGCUUCCUUCUUGACAAGGCAUUAUCUGUUUGGGCUGCCAGAUUGGGUAUACAAGCAUCAUGAUUCGGUGCUACAGAAAAUGAUGGAGCUCGUGGCCGAAGAUAUGUCCAAGCUGUUUACACAGGGAGCAAUGAUCGCCGGCAAAAGGUACUUUGCAAUCCUGACUGGCCUGAAAGGCGAUUUCAAGCACAUGGCCGAGAAAUAUGGCGAGCUGACACGUUCUUAUUCCCAUCUGGGGAAAGUGAAUUAUUUGGGGAUGUGUUCCCAUUGCCUGGCCGGCACCAGGCCGGACUUGCCAUGGGACCAGGCAACCCACGAUCCAGCUUGGGCUGGCUCUGAGUUUGCUUCGAGACCCUGGGACGAGCCGCCAGUGUUUUGCUCCAUACCAUUCGACUCUGCCAAGCCAGAGGCUGCCCUCAAAUUGGAUGCCUUUCAUCUGUUUAAAGUUGGACUUGGAAGGGAUCUUGUUGGGACAAUUGUUCUGUUUGCACGCUUGGGCUUUUACGACUUUUCGCCGGGGGAAUCUACGGAACUCAAGCAGCGACUGAACCGUGCCUGGAAACAUUUUAUGCUUUGGCGGGUGACAGCGAAGCAGACGGUGGCUUGCAAGUACUUUUCCCCGGCCCUGUUCAACAUCAAGAGGCAGAGCGACUACGCUUGGGCAAAUGUCAAGGGCUCCGAUACGAUGGUUUUUAUGCGAUACAUCCGUUGGUAUGCAGGCUUGCUUGUGGCUACCAGGACUCUGCACGAUCCACAUCGACGUCUUCUUGUAUUGCUCAACAAGACCAUUAUGCAUGCACAGGAAGCUAUGCACAUAAUGUAUACCCACGGCCUCUGGUUGGCACGGAAGUGCGGUCAAAGCCUUUAUGUUCACUUGAUGAGUAUGUUAUCAGGGUAUCAAACUUUGGCGGCUCGUUGCCUCACCAUGGACCUCACAUUUUAUGGGUUAAAGCCGAAGUUUCAUGGGCUUCAUCAUUUAGCCUAUGAUUUGAAGAAGGCACUCAAGACUUCUACACCGCUGGUUUUAAAUCCGAUAUGCUGGGGCAAUGAGAUGAACGAGGAUGCCAUCGGGGCGACUUCCAAGCCAAUCGAGCAAUGGUCGGUACCCUUUGUGACCACCGACCAGCAAAAUGCCCUCUUUGUGCACUGGAUAUCUCAGCAUCUCAUGACGUCCGACAAUGGCUGGCAAAAGCAGGGCAACUAA